UCUUUCCUACCCUACUAUGAAUAUCUCGCAAACUCCAUCACUUCCAUCAUCAAUCCAUAUCCCUCACCAUCGCCAGAUCAACCCCUCGAAAACAUGGCCCCGGCCACCGCCCGCCCAUUUCCAUUCCUCAGUUUCCCCCGCGAAAUCCGCGACAAGGUCUACCGCGAAUUACUAUGCAACUUCGACCCUCCCCCGACCAAGGUCCUUCCAAGCACCAUGUUCACAUUCGAGCAGGCCAAGCACUCCAUCGAUACUGCCGUCCUUCGUACAAGUACCCAGAUCCACCGUGAAGCGUACGACGUCAUGGUCAAAACGAAUCGCUUCGUCCUCAUCGAAUCUGCAGGCGGCCUGCCCAUUCGUAGCAUCAUGGGCGGUCUCCGUGUACCCGUGAUUACAGCAGAUAGAGACUGUGCCCAAAGGUUUAAGGGCUACGUGCUGGCCGUAUCGCUAUCCACAAAAAAGCCGGCAUGGAGGGAUGAUGAGGCAAUACCGACCGGGCCCUGUGGCCUCAUGAUCCUCGGAAGGGAUGUGCGUCUUUUCUGCGAGGCUUUUACCGACGGCGAUAACCACAUGCCCGGCUUCAGCGCCAAUCUGAGCUUGACCAUCACCGUGGGGCCUGCCGUCGCCCACCCAGUCCCCCGGUACAAAAACACUCUCACAGACUUCUUCGGGGAAACCACGCAAAAGACCCUGUUGCAUCCCUUCAGGUCCCGCCUUCGAGGCCAUAAAGGCAUCUGCGUCACGGGAUGCGUCUCCCCGGACCUUGCCAAAGCCGUGCAAACCGAGAUAGCACAAGACGAAUGCGCGGACCACCAGAAAGUCUUCGAUGAUUUCGCUGCCGCUAAGGAACGCGGGCUCGCCCACUUCCGCGCCAAAGACCUCACCGCCGCCUUGCUCGCCUGGCAAGAUACUGCCCUAGACAUCGAACGCAUCCACCGCGGCAGCUCGUGGGCCGGUCUCGCCACGCGCGGCGGUCCCGAUUUCCUCGCCCGCAUGGCCGAGCUCUACUUCCUUCUCGAGCUUAACAUUGCGCAUGUCCAUCUCAUCGGCAUGGAGCGCGGCAUCCCCAACUACCCUACUUUUGACUUUCAGGCUGAGCAGGCGCUAGAAAUGGCUAGAUCCUCGAUCAAGAAGAGUUUCUGGGCGGAUGACUGGAAGUGGCAGCCGAGCGCUGUGCAGAAGGCGAAGUUGUGCUAUAGGACGGCGCUGUUUUUGAGGUUGGAGGGGAGGAUGGAGCAUGCGGGGGCUGCGAUGGCUUGGGUGGAGCAGGCGCUGCGGUUGGUUCCGGGGGAUGCGGCGAUUUUGAGAGAAAAGGAGAAGAUAGCGGCGUGGGUCGAGCUGGGGGGCUGAAAAAUUCAAGAGCAUCGGGCAUCGUACCUGGCUCGACCGUCGGCA